AGCAGACAUGAGCUGCGCAUUCACGGAGUGUUAUGCCUUGUGAUGUUGCUUGUUCUGAGGACUGUACCCGUAGUAAUCUAGUGAAACCUUUCCAUUACGCAGUUGACCACAACAUGUGGUUCCAGCCAUUGGUUUAAAUUUGUGAGCGGAGAGCCUUGAUAAUUGCUCCAUAGUUUCAAUUAUACUAUCGCUAUGUGGAUGCGGCAAUUGCAUACCAGCUGGCAUCGCUCCGGAGUGCCGAGGCGAGGCGAGCCACCUUGCAAUCGGAGCAGGGCUCCGUGCGCCCCUCAACUGAUACAACGGAAAUUAACAAUACCCAGAGCCACAUACUACGACGUUCUCGGCGUGGACGCAACUUCUUCAGUUGACGACAUAAAGUCAGCGUUUAGGCGAAAAGUAAAACUCGUACAUCCGGACGUAUCCAAGUCGGCGGACAGUGAUGAUGAGUUCAUUCGGCUGAAAGAGGCGUACGACACAUUAACGGAUUCACGACAACGCGCGGAGUACGAUGCCGCCCUAGCAAGGGCGCGGCGACGAGCGUCAGGCGCCAGGGCCAGUUCCAGCAGCCGUGGCGGCAGCAGCAGCAGCAGCAACAACUCGGGUUUCCGGCAACGAGUGGUGGUGGUGCAAAUGGGCGGGCUGGAUGAUGACGAUGAUGAUGACGAUGACGGAGAUGACGGUGUGGGUUUCAGGGGCGGACAGCCCUUCAUGUGGGGCUCGGCGGCCUGGGAGGACCUGUUUGAGGUCCACAUGGGGGACGAUGAUGACGACGACAGCGACGAUGAUGAUGAUGACGAGGAGGAGGACGAGGAGGAUGAUGACGAGGAGGAUGACGACGAGGGCGGCCUGCUAGACGAGUUGGAGUACAUGGCCUGGGCGGGCACUGCAAACAACUUCACUUCCAGUUUUCAGUCGAGCUGGCAGGCCAACAGCCGCAAGCAGCGCCGGGCGGCGGCGCAACAGCAGCAGCAGCAGCAAGCCUUCGGACGGCGGCUGACUCCUGAGGAGAAGGAUGUGCUGCUGUCGCAGCUGCCCGGCGACGCACGCACGCUGAUGCGGCACGUGUUCGGACCCCGAUUAGAGUCUCUAGGCACUCUCGAGGAGCUGGCGGAGGUGCUGUCCGACCUGCAGGAGAUGAGCGACAUGGGCGUGGAGUUCGAG